UGCCCCCAACCCCUUCCCAGUCCCCCCCAGGUCCCCAUCGCACCUCCUCUCCCCAGAUCUCCCACUCGAACCCUACCAAGCAACCAUGGCGAUCGCGGCGCGCGCCCUGCGCCGCCUCCCGUUCCACCUCUCCCCGUCGCUCGCCCGCGCCUUCUGCGCCGUCUCCCCUGCUGCCACCUCGGCCGCCACGGCCCCCGCUGCCGCAUCGGCCAAGGUCGCCGACCGCAUCGUGCGCGUCCUUGCCAUCGACCCCGACGGCGCGCGCCGCGAGGUGGUCGGCCUCUCCGGGCAGACCCUCCUCCGCGCGCUCGCCAACGCGGGGCUCAUCGAGCCGGCCUCCCACCGCCUCGAGGAGAUCGACGCGUGCUCCGCCGAGUGCGAGGUCCACAUCGCGCAGGAGUGGCUCGACAAGCUGCCGCCGCCGUCCUACGAGGAGCGAUACGUGCUCACCCGCGCGUCCAGGAACCGAGAACUCAACAAGCACGCGCGCCUGGGCUGCCAGGUCGUCCUCGCGCCCGAGCUGCAGGGGAUGGUCGUCGCCGUCCCCGAGCCCAAGCCGUGGGACAUCCCGUAAUGGCGUGCCAGGACGAAAGGCAAGGCAGAGAGGUGCGGCUUUCGACGCUGUGAGCCUUCCUUCAUUCCCCUGGGUCGGCGCAGCUGCGCCAUCCCCUUUUAUGUUACGGAUUUGAUGAAGAAUAAUGAUUUGAUGAGCAAAACUUGGUGCUGUUGGUUAACUUUUGUUCCUUUGAAUGUGAAAUAUAAGGAUGAUGUAAUGUGGGAUCCCCUUGCAAUUACCUCAGUUUAAUGAUUAAUUUUUGAAGUUUUGCA